AUGCAACGUGUACUUGCCGACAGAAAGACUAGUUCACUCAAGGGCAACAAUGCAUUGUUUAGUAAUAUCGUGGCAUGUAUAGCUGUUGGCGAUGUAAUGAGGUCACUUCUCGGUCCAAGGAGCAGAGACAAGUUGCUAGUCAAUGAGUAUGGAGAGAUCAUCAUCACCAAUGAUGGUGUGACCGUCAUGAAGUCAAUGAACCUUGAGCAUCCAGCCGCAAAGAUGAUGGUUGAACUGAGUAAAUGCAUGGAUGAUCAGAAUGGCGAUGGUACAACAUCAGUUGUCGUCCUGGCAUCUCUAUUACUUAGGAAAUCAUUGAGACUACUACAACCUGGAGGUGGAGGUAGUUCAUUAAUGGAUACAUUCGUUAUGCAAUCAAUACCAAUACAUCCAUUGCGUAUCAUUCAAGCAUAUAUAGCAUCGUCAAACAUUGCCAUCAAGACUAUAAAGGACAUGUCCAUCAAGUUUGACUUUGACACUGGCAGAGACAUGUUGCUACAGACUGCCAGGACAACACUAAACUCCAAACUAGUGUCACAUCUAUCGCCAUCAUUGCCAAUUUUGGCAGUUGACUCUGUGAUGAUGGCGAGGAAGGCCAUUGGAGACAAGGUACACAUAUCAACUCAAUCAAUUGACAUUAUUGGAAUAGAUGGUGCUUCACAAGAGGAGUCAUUCCUUUCAACUAGUCUAGUGAUGAGUCUAACAUUCUUCAAUCAAUUGUUUGAUCAGCCAUCAAACAAGCCACACAAGUUGGCAUUAUUGGGAAUGUCAGUGUUGAAGCCAUCAAAUGGUAAUGAUAUUCAGGUGACUAUGAAGGAUGGUUACAAUCUUGGUAAUAUUGUACAGGAAGAGGAGUCCAUUGCCAAAUCAAUAGUAGUUGCACUCAAGAGAGCUGGUGCUACCAUUGUUUGUGUGGAGGAUGACCAUGGACAACCAUUAUCCAAUCUCAGCUUAUCAUACUUCUCAAAAGCAAAGAUAUCAGUACUCAAGUCACUCCCAAGGACUGAGCUAAAGAGUCUAUCGGAAGAGACUGGAUCAUAUAUAUUUAAUAAUGUCGAGAUGCUAAAGGAGAAGAGUACACCUGAAAGGUUGGCCACAUUGUCAAGUGUAUCACAGAGAAGGAUUGGAAAUAGGAUGUUGUUGUUCAUGGAUGUGGCAGCACGUCCACCAAUGCCAACUAUUAUUCUGCGAGGUACCACUCAGACUGAGUUGGAAGAGUCCAAACGAGCAUUACACGAUGCUGUUUGUGUACUUCGCAAUCUGACCAGGAACUCAGAGGUCGUGCCGGGUGGUGGUGCUUGCGAGGCAGAGGCAGCGGCACAGAUAACAAAGAAUGCGACAAUGAUGGAUUCACCAAUAAGUGCACUACCUAUGAUUGCAUUUGCUGAAGCAUUGAUGGAGAUACCCGAGACACUUUGUAUCAAUGCAGGAUUGGAUCAUCUCACUUUAUCCAACAUGUUAAGGGCAAGCCAUACCACAUCAUCGUCGACAAAGUACAAUGGAAUCAAUCUUAACAACAAUGGAUCAGUUGAGGACAUGGUCAAGAAUGGUGUAUUAGAGACAACAGUCAAUAAGUUAUCUCAGAUCACGUAG